AGCGGCACCGGCCGGGCCCGAGGAUCAUCAGACCUGGAAAAUCCCACCAGGAUCAAACCCACUUCUUCCCAUGCUGGAAUCCCAGGGGCAGCGUGGGAUCCGGGAUCUGCAGCAGCUCCCUGAUUCCCGAAUUCCCCCAUCCCAGAGUCCCUAAGGAUGAAUGGCUCCGAGCUGGCCAGCACCACGGCCUCCAGUCCCAAAUCCACGGAGGAUCCGGUUGGGAAUGGGCACGAGGAGAAGGAGAACAACCCCUUCGCCGAGUACAUGUGGAUGGAGAACGAGGAGGACUUCAACCGGCAGGUGGAGGAGGAGCUGCAGGAGCAGGAAUUCCUGGAUCGCUGCUUCCAGGAGAUGCUGGAGGAGGAGGACCAGGAUUGGUUCAUCCCGGCGCGGGAUCUCCCGCAGGGAAUGGGGCAGCUCCAGCAGCAGCUCCACGGCCUCUCCGUGGGCGACGGACACGGAUCCGAGGACAUCCUGAGCAAAAGCAACUUGAAUCCAGAUGCCAAGGAAUUCGUUCCCGGAGUGAAAUACUGACCUUGGAAAUUCGGGAAUGGCCUGGCCAGAGACUGAUUCCCUGCUCCAGGGAAAAGUUGGGACAUGGGAAGAGCCCGGAGCGGCUCCAGCGCCGGGAUCUGCUCCAGCUCCAAGUACUUCUGGUUUUCCCUAUUUUUUUUUCCUUUUUUUUUUUUUUUUUCCUGGCUUUUCCUCACUUUUUCUUGGCAGUUUUUGGCUUCCUGGGAUUUGCGGCGACCCCGCCAGCGGGAAAAAUCUUGGGGGAAAUCAUGGAAAAAUCAUGGGGAAUCAAUCAUGGAAAAAUCAUGGAAAAAUCACAGGAAAAUCAUGGGAAAAUCACGGGAAAUCAAUCACAGGGAAAUCGUGGGAAAAUCACGGGAAAUCAAUCACAGGGAAAUCGUGGGAAAAUCACGGGAAAAUAAUGGGAAAAUCACGGGAAAUCACAGGAAAAUCAUGGAAAAAUCAUGGGGAAUCAAUCACGGGAAAAUCGUGGGGAAAUCAUGGGGAAAUCAUGGGAAAAUCAUGGGAAAAUCAUGGGAAAUCAAUCAUGGGGAAAUUAGAGAAAAAUCAUGGAAAAAUCACAGAAAAUCACUGGAAAAUCAUGGAAAAAUAAUGGGAAAAUCACAGGAAAAUCAUGGGAAAAUCAUGGGGAAUCAAUCACGGAAAAAUCACAGGAAAAUCAUGGAAAAAUCAUGGGAAAAUCAUGGGGAAUCAAUCAUGGGAAAAUCAGAGAAAAAUCAUGGAAAAAUCACAGAAAAUCACAGGAAAAUCAUGGAAAAAUAAUGGGGAAUCAAUCACGGGAAAAUCAUGGGAAAAUCACAGGAAAAUCAUGGAAAAAUCAUGGGGAAUCAAUCAUGGGAAAAUCAUGGGAAAAUCACAGGAAAAUCAUGGAAAAAUCAUGGGAAAAUAAUGGGAAAUCAAUAAUGGGAAAAUCGGAGAAAAAUCAUGGAAAAACCACAGGAAAAUAAUGGGAAAAUCAUGGGAAAUCAAUCAUGGGAAAAUCAGAGAAAAAUCACAGGAAAAAUCACAGGAAAAUAAUGGAAAAAUCAUGUGGAAAUCAUGGGAAAUCAAUAAUGGGAAAAUCAUUGAAAAAUCACAGGAAAAUCGUGGGAAAAUCAUGGGAAAUCAAUCAUGGGAAAAUCAGAGAAAAAUCAUGGAAAAAUCACAGAAAAUCACAGGAAAAUCAUGGAAAAAUCAUGGGGAAUCAAUCACGGGAAAAUCAUGGGAAAAUCACAGGAAAAUCAUGGAAAAAUCAUGGGAAAAUAAUGGGAAAUCAAUAAUGGGAAAAUCGGAGAAAAAUCAUGGAAAAACCACAGGAAAAUAAUGGGAAAAUCACAGGAAAAUAAUGGAAAAAUCAUGUGGAAAUCAUGGGAAAUCAAUCAUGGGAAAAUCAGAGAAAAAUCAUGGGAAAAUCAUGGAAAAGUCAUGGGAAAAUCAGAGAAGAAUCAUGGGAAAAUCACAGGAAAAUAAUGGAAUUUCAUGGGGAAAUCAUGGAAAAUCAUGGAAAAAUCAGGUUUUCCUGCUUCUGGAGGAUUUUUAGGGUUGGGAGCUGUGCUGGAUUUUCCCUGAUCUUUUUUUUUUUCAGGAAUGUGUUUUCCCUGAUUUUUCUGGAAUGGGAUUUUUUCCUGCUGGAAGUGAAGGGUUCCCGAAAUUCCUCCACAUGGAAGCUGAGCAGGGGGAUCCUGCCAAUUCCAGAGGUUUUUAGGGAAACCUGGAUUUCCCCAAAAUUCCUCUUCCCCUUAAGGAAUUCCUCAGCUCAUCCAACACUACAGCCCUAAUUCCUCAUGGGGGAAAAUCCAAGGAAAACUGAAUUCCUGGCAGAGAGGAGAGGGAUCCUCUGUUGGGAUGAGGGAUAUUUUGGGAUGUGGUGGGAAUAUCCUGGUGCUGAUCCCUUUCCCAAGGAUCCUGGAGUGGGAUCCGUGUCUCCAGCAGAAUUUGAUCCUGGGAAUUUCCUUCCCCAUCCAUGGGAGCUGCAGCUCCCGAAUUCCCAAGGUUCUAAAAGGCUCAGAAAUCCAGGGAAUGCAGGAGCUCCUUGGGAUUGGGAAUCGCUGUCCAGGGAAAUCAGGAACUUUUGGGAUUGGGAAUCCCUUUUCAAGGAAAUCAGGAACUUCCCAAGGUCAGAAAUCCCUAUCCAAGGAAAUCCAGAGCUCCUUGGGAUUUGGAAUCCCUGUCCAAGGAAAUCAGGAACUUUUGGGAUUGGAAAUCGCUAUCCAAGGAAAUCAGGAAUUUUUGGGAUUGGAAAUCCCUCUCCAAGGUAAUCAGGAACUUCCCAAGGUCAGAAACCCUGUCCAGGGAAAUCAGGAACAUUUUGGGAUUGGAAAUCCUUAUCCAAGGAAAUCAGGAACUUCCCAAAUUCAGAAACCCUAUCCAGGGAAUCCAGGAACUUCCUGGAAUUGGGAAUCCCUGUCCGGAGAAAUCAGGAGUGUCUUGGGAUUGAAAAUCCCUACAGAGGAAAAGUAGGAGCUCCUUGGGGUCAGGAAUCCUUAUCCAAGGAAAUCAGGAAUUUUUGGGAUUGGAAAUCCCUGUUCAAGGAAAUCAGGAGCUUCCCAAGGUCAGAAAUCCCUAUCCAAGGAAAUCCAGAGCUCCUUGGGAUUUGGAAUCGCUAUCCAAGGAAAUCAGGAAUUUUUGGGA